ACAGGCGCGUGGUUAUAGUGCUCAAAUAAUUUGACAUGAGCCGCUGAUCCCAAAUUGAAUGUUAUAGUAUAGUUUUGUUUUUAUCACAGCUAAAAAACACUUGAUUUGAAAAGUAUGAGUACGAGGAAGGGAAACAAUUCUAAAAGAGCCCAAAAGUUCCAGAACACAUCAGCUUUCAAGAAUAAUCUCCACGAUAGUACCUUAAAACAAAAACAAAUUAACGGAUUUACCAUAUCUGGAGUCUGCGCUAGAUGUCAAGAAACCAUAGACUGGAAGAGAAAAUACAAAAAAUACAAGCCGCUCACAGCCCCUAAAACAUGUGUCAAGUGUAAACAGAAAACUAUCAAACAUGCCUACCACACACUGUGUACGCCAUGUGCACAGGCUGCAGGUGUUUGUGAGAAAUGUGGGAAAAAUGAAGAAGUAGUAACAAAACCAGGGAUAUCUGCUGAGGAGCAAGCAGCCCAAGAUGCCAAACUCCAACAGGAACUAAGGACAUUGAGUGAAAGGCAGAGAAGGACGUUUUUUAGACACCUGGAAAAAGGAGAAGGGAGCGGUGGAGCUUCUGUUAGCAGUACACAAGAUGAUGACAGUGAUGACGAUAUGAUGGAAGAUCAUGACCAACUUAAUGAUGAAUGUGAAAGCUGACAGAUCUGUAAUUCAGUUAUUCAGCAAUCAGUAUUCAUUCUAGGCCCUUCGCUAGUAUAAAGUAAUCCUUGGGGGGGAUUGGGUACGCAGUACGCAGCGGCUUUGUCUCCUAUUAUCUUUGUUCUACAAAGAAGUUCUUUUGUCUCUAUUCUUCUCGUUCUUUGUGUCGAGGUGCGGAUAUUGUUCAUUUGCCCAAUCAAAUUGCAGCUUCUAAGAGCUGCGUACUGACCCAUUUCGAAAGGGGGGGGGGGAGGUACCUGGUUUUGACAUAGAGUGCAGAUAAAAAUGAUACAAAUAGUUUAAAAAUAUAUAUAUAUAACAUA